AUGGCGAACGCCAGCGAGCCGGGCGGCGGCGGCGGCGAGGCGGCCGCCCUGGGCCUCAAGCUGGCCACGCUCAGCCUGCUGCUGUGCGUGAGCCUGGCGGGCAACGUGCUGUUCGCGCUGCUCAUCGUGCGGGAGCGCAGCCUGCACCGCGCCCCGUACUACCUGCUGCUCGACCUGUGCCUGGCCGACGGGCUGCGCGCGCUCGCCUGCCUCCCGGCCGUCAUGCUGGCGGCUCGGCGUGCCGCGGCCGCCGCGGGGGCGCAGCCGGGCGCGCUGGGCUGCAAGCUGCUCGCCUUUCUGGCCGCGCUCUUCUGCUUCCACGCCGCCUUCCUGCUGCUCGGCGUGGGCGUCACCCGCUACCUGGCCAUCGCGCACCACCGCUUCUACGCCGAGCGCCUGGCCGGCUGGCCGUGCGCCGCCAUGCUGGUGUGCGCCGCCUGGGCGCUGGCUCUGGCCGCGGCCUUCCCGCCUGUGCUGGACGGCGGCGGCGGGGACGACGAGGACGCGCCGUGCGCCCUGGAGCAGCGGCCGGACGGCGCCCCGGGAGCCCUGGGCUUCCUGCUGUUGCUGGCCGUGGUCGUGGGCGCCACACACCUCGUCUACCUCCGCUUGCUCUUCUUCAUCCACGACCGCCGCAAGAUGCGGCCCGCGCGUCUCGUGCCCGCCGUCAGUCACGAUUGGACCUUCCACGGCCCCGGUGCCACCGGCCAGGCGGCCGCCAACUGGACGGCGGGCUUCGGCCGCGGGCCCACGCCUCCGGCGCUCGUGGGCAUCCGGCCCGCUGGGCCUGGCCGCGGUGCCCGCCGCCUCCUCGUGCUUGAGGAGUUCAAGACCGAGAAGAGGCUGUGCAAGAUGUUCUACGCCGUCACGCUGCUCUUCCUGCUCCUCUGGGGGCCCUACGUCGUGGCCAGUUACCUGCGGGUCUUGGUGCGGCCCGGCGCGGUCCCCCAGGCCUACCUGACGGCCUCCGUGUGGCUGACCUUUGCGCAGGCCGGCAUCAACCCUGUCGUGUGCUUCCUCUUCAACAGGGAGCUGAGAGACUGUUUCCGGGCCCAGUUCCCCUGCUGCCAGAGCCCCCAGGCCACCCAGGCGACCCUCCCGUGCGACCUGAAGAGCGUCGGUUUAUAAGCGAUUCCCUGGCUCUACACACCCUCAACUCAGCCUUUCCCUUUGGCUUGGAGAGUGACGUCGUUUCGCACCUUUCUGCCCCCUUUUUAAUUUUCUAAGCUGCCUUCAAAAUAACUAUCAAAGUGGAUAAACACUUGGAUAGUACAGAUUCCAUUUUGGGGGAGAGGGUGGAUUUCUAUGGUCCUGCCCACCCUGGCUACGUGCAUUCGUCCUCCUCAGUAUAUUUUCAUUCUGACAAUAGACCCUGCAGUGUUUUUGUACUUGUACUGCUGUCUUUUAUUCCAUGUGUUAUUAUAAUUUUUUUUUAAAUAAAGGCUAAACUAAUUUAUUUCAUGCAACGUUUCCUAAAGACCAUGGCCAGUUUUCUACAGAAGCUAUUUUUGACAACCUCAAGUGGCAUUACGUUUUGCUGUGACGUAUAGGAACCUGGGGGGGGGGCUUCACAAGUUAGAUUCUUGAGGGUCUUCUGGGGGAAGCAGGAGAAAGGGCAUAAAAAAAGAAAAGAAAAAAGUCUUACUUUCCCUCUGAAUUGCCUACCGUGGGGUCAGUUGUGCUGCGCCGGUUUUUAGAAGGGUCAGGAACUUUGUGCAGUGUUGUUAUUGAACUUGAGCAGAAAUGGGAGUCCGUAGCAAGGUAGUCAUUUUUUAAGCAGUAAAAAUGACUUGUUUCUUACAUCCCUUUUUACUCCUAGACAAUACAUGUCAGCGACAACCGCUCUGACAACUGCUCUCUGUAUUAUAUGAAUCUUGAAUGGAGACAUUUCUGUAAAAUUGUUAACUUUUAAAAGUAAGAGUAAAAAGUGUUUGGGUUAGUGAUGGUGUGGAGAAAAUAACAGUAUUGCAUGCUUUUGUAUGUACUGCUCAGUGGCUCACCGAUCUGGAUGGCUCUGAGAAGCAGAGUAUUAAAAUUGCAUUUGGUAUUUUUUGCCAAAUAAAAAUUAAAAGGAUUUCAUGGAAACAGCUUGUGCUUUGAGAAGCCGCGUUUUUAUUCUAUAUUCUGAAACUAAUUUCCAUUUUGAAAAUUGCUCUUCUGUUGUUCACGGUAUAAACGAAUGGAAUAUCAUGAUACCCUACUUCAGGAGACAAAGCAUUUCCUUCAAAUGUUUGCUAGGUGAUGAUGUGCUAGUCUACUGAUGGUUAUUUGAAAUUAAUAAUGAGAACUAUAAUUCUAAAUAACAUUUCUUUGUUAAACACAUUGGAAUCUUAAAUUGAAAGACUGAAUUCUGCAAGUACUGUAUAAUAUUUUUGCUUAUAAUGCUACAUUUUUAUUAAUGUACCUUCCGUUUUGAGGAUUUAUAUCUGUAUUUCUCUUUGCAUUCUACAAAUUGAAAUAUACCAGUAUUUUCAUUCUGGAGUGGUGUUUUUUGUUUCGUCUUUUUUUAGGCUCUGACUGGUACUAAUACUGGCCUAUAUGUCUCCCUCAGGU